AUGCCUCUCCACCGAAAGCCAGGCUUCCAUCGUGGUUGCGACCUCGUUGUAGCACGCGCCUAUCCUCUUAUAACCAUCAACGGGUAUCCUGAGUCCGACUGUGAGAAGGUUCAACAGACAGGAGCCGGCUGGAUCGGUGUGCCGUGGCGGGACCGAGGCCGCCUGGUGCGGGUCGAGCACGCCCCCCACAUGACAAUCACCGAUUUCGAGAGUCUCGUCAACCUACGCCACUUACACGUUGCACCGUUUCUAGGGUUAUACUACAAUAGGACUUCAACAGACAUCGUCUAUGAACGCCUCGAUCUUGACCUCUUGGAAAUCUGCCCGCUCGCGUCCGAGGCUGAAGUCGCCAGUGUGCUUGCUCAGGUACUGUCAGCAAUCAUGCACCUCUUGUCGUCACCAGUAGAUGCACGAAUCGCUUCGGUAAGGAUUUCCAUGUUUGGACUUGUCAAGUUAAGUACGCGAUUCCGGUUAACCGUGUCGAUGUUCUGCGUCGGCUCAGCCACCGCGGCUCACUGUCUAUGCCCAGUCCUUGACUUCCGCCACAAACCAACAACCGACAUCAUCCACAGGAACGUGAUGCACCGCUUCAUGGUGUCAUACAUAGAGCAAGUGGCCAAGGUGGCAUGUCCUCGUUCCCAUGUUUGGACGUUCGACGCUGCUGAUUUUCUUGACAUUCUCUACGCCGGAGAACUACCGCCUUUGAGUGUGCGUACAUGGCAGUGA